UCUAUGGGAACCUGCCUACCUUGUAGGGACGCUGUGUUUUUAUUCUGUGUAACAAAUCAUGGCUAACAAUCUGGUUAUCAGAGCUUUGAAAGCUAACUCAAAGUCGUUCAAUUUGAGCUCCAAGAAAAUGACCGAGGUUCCCAAAUCGGUUGCGAGAUUAACAAAUAUUUUGACCCUUCAUUUGAACAAUAACUCUCUUACUUCUCUGCCUGUGGAACUGCAGACGUUACGAAACUUGACAGAACUCAAUUUGGGAAAUAAUUCUCUGGAGGAGAUCCCAUCUGUUCUGAGGUACCUGAACACCUUGAAAAAACUGUAUUUGUUUGGAAACCACAUUACAAGAUUGCCACCUGAGGUGUUAGAAGGAUUUGAUAACCUCACUCUCCUCAAUCUGAACCACAAUCACAUCACAGUCCUUCCACCAGAGAUUAAAAGUCUUUCUAACCUAGAAACCCUCAGCUUACUGGACAACCAGUUGGAGGAACUUCCUGUGGAAAUAGGUUUUCUCAAGAAGAUGGUUGAGAUGAAUUUAUCCAACAACAAACUGUCCAGACUGCCCAAACAGAUAUACAGUUUGUCACAACUGGCCAGAUUAUAUCUGGCCAGAAACAACCUCACAGAACUACCAGAGGGUGUUAUUGGGCUGAUGAAGCUCAGAGUGCUGGAUGUGGCUGGAAACCGUUUAUCCAUGUUUCCUGUUGACUUCCAGCUUCUGACCCUGAAUGAGCUGCUCUGUGAAGGAAACACAUUCGUGAAGAAUAAGCUGAUGGAAUCUGUUCAAGCUGUGGAGGUGCUGUCAUUGAAGGAGCUGUCUGCUCGUCGGAUCCUGGUGGAGGACAAGAGUAGGUUGGGUGUGGUCCACAGGGCUCUGUCGUACCACCCUGGUCUGAGCCUGCUGCUGGCUGACUGGGGCAGGUGUUCCCUCUGCCUCCAACCAUUCCUCACCACCUGGCUGGAGUGUGUACGCUUCAUCAACCUCAGGAAGGACAUGAAGAUGAGCCGUCCUCAGACCGUCCCUGUACGUGUUCUCCUCUGUUCCUACAAGUGCUUCAAUAAGAGCGGACAUUCAUACUAUGGUGUCGCAUCUGUAUGAAGAGGUACUUCUAUUAAAACAUGUAUUUGAUGUAAU